CGGAGUAGUUCUUAUCCUUGCACUGCUCCCACCCGGUUUCUAAUUAAGAUAUGUACAACUCCUUUCCCUUACUAUUCCAAACCUUACUUCAAUGAUUUUCAAUCUUCUUCUUCUAAAUUUAUGAACCGUUUCUAGGCGAUGUUUUACUUGACAUCAAAACCAGCUUCUUCCUCCACCGCAUCCUCUUCAAGAUCUCUUCCUCCACAUCCUCCAUCCCCGCUGCCAGACACCCCAAAACCGGCUUCUUCCUCCGUCGCAUCCUCUUCCUCCUCCACAGCUUCCUGGACUCUCUUAAAAUCUAACCCCGACGAAGAUGCCGGCAUGACGCCAUGAAAUUUCACCUGGCCAUGGUAGGAGGGGCUCCAAGUUCGGGUUCCUUUGACGGCACCGACGGCACUCCGCCGGGAAGAUAGCUUCACUGAAGAUGACUAAUUGAUAGUUUGGAGUACAUGUUUUUCAUAAUUCAGACGGCCUGUGUAUUUGUUCUGCUGAAUCAAAUCAAUCUGAAUUUGAUGAAUUCUGUAUUCUUUGCUUAUAUUUUUUAUGGUUUUGAGUUUAUAUGUAAUUGUGUUUUUUGUAUUCAUUUUGUGCAUCUUGGUAUGUGUUUGAACUUCGUGGUUCCUGAUUUUUUUUUUCUAUUAUAAUGAUCCGAUUUCUAAGAAUUAAAAUUAAAAUUGUGUCUGUAUCAGGAGAUUUCUAGUUGAAAGGUGUGAGAACCUGGCAGGCAGUCUUAACUACUCCGUAUUUCAUAUACAGAGAUGACGGCGUGUGGGAUAUGGAGUUUUCGGACAUCCGAUGGUUUAAAAAGCCUUAAGGAUUCAUUUGUCACGUUUUCCAGAGUUGCAGCAAUGUCUGGUAGAAACCGUUUGCCGUCUCGCCAACAUGAUAACUAUAGAGGAUACCGUGAUGGCCCACCCCCACCACAGGCUGUUAUGGAACGAGGACCCCGCCAACUCCCUCAUCCUCAUCCUGCUGUCCUUGAAGAGGAAAUUGAAAUCCAGCACAGAGAUAUGCAAAGAAUUGUUUCUGAGAAUCGGCAUGUACUCGAUGAGAAUGUGAUGCUUGAAAGGGAGUUGACUGCCACAAAAGAUAAGAUUCUAAGAAUAACCCAAUCCAUUUCUAAACUGCAUGCUGACAAUGAGGCAGAGGCAAGGGAGUAUAUUGAAAGAGGAUUGAGACUAGAGAGAGAGCUUCACUCUGCCGAACCUCUGCGAGAGGAAGUUGAGUGAGUCUUACAGAUCUGAACUCCAAAAACUUACUGCUUUGCAAUAGGAAUUAACUACCCAAGUCCAAUGUUUAACAAAGGAUCUUGAUAAACUGCAAAUGAGAAUAAGGAACUCUCUGCCAUGAAGUCUGAAAUUGAUGGGAUGCACAGAGAGCUUGAUGAAACAAGGUUUAAGUCUGGAGAUAAAUCUCGUUUUUUGUGCAGAAUUCAGUUUCUAUUAAGUUUAUUUUGAGCAAAUCUUCUCAUACUCAAAUUUGAUAACAAAUAGGAGAGAAUUUGAACAUGAGAAGAAAGAAAACAAGGGGAUAAUUGAACAAAAACAAAGCAAUGAAGAAAAAUCUUGUCUCCGUGGGCUCGUGAAAUUGAAAGGCUCCGGGCAGAGCAGAUGGCUGCAAAUAGGAGAGCACGUGGAAUUGGUGAAACUAUUAUUAUCAUAUUAAAUUCCAAUAAGAUUUGAACUUGUGCAUUUUUGAAAUUUCAAUAAUAUCUGAACUUGGUGCAUUCAAAUGUUGAUUAUGUAUAUGAUGUAUAAUUGCCACUUUUGGUACCACUUUCAGGUGUUGGACCAUAUGGAAUGUUGAAUGGGAGUGUUGACGUGGGUUAUUCAGAUAGUUUUUAUGGAGGCGAUCCAUAAUCUUACAGGAGGUUGGGGACCCUAUGACAGGAGAGGUCCCCCAAGGUGAUGAGUUUUGUAUGGAAUCUGUGGGAUAAGGCUUCCCAUACCUUUUUCUGGUGUAGAAGCAAACAUAUAGUUUUGGGUUUCUCCUAGGUAACUUGUGGUAAAACUUUUUAGGCAUCAAUCUGAUGCACUUUGUAUCUCACUGCCUUGAUUAGUUCCGCAGAUUUGAACCUGUUUAAUAAGGUCAAAUCACAACAUCUUUGAUUCGCGGAGUAAAAUUAUGAGCUUGUGCAGUGGCAUGGAAAAUUGCACUUUUGAUCUCUCAUUUUUAACAUAUUCUGAAAUAUGUUAUCUGGUUUUCAUUUUUCCUUAAUGUUGUUCCUCAAUUGUGUGACAUGUUGCCAAUUGCCGUAAUAUAUUGUGUGACAUAUUAU